CAAGUGUUACAAAGAAGAUUAUUCAAAACCUUAGCCGAUAAAAUCGACUGUCAAUUCGGGGAACUACUUCUUCACUCUGACGUCUGAUGAUUAAGUAGGGGACGAGUGCUGAAACGUUUUAAUGAUAUCAUAUCUGCCAUAGUUCCAUUUUUCAAACAACGUCAUUAACCGAUUCCGGAACUGGAAAAAUCAAUCUGGUUAGAUAUUUUGGUUUUCUUGUGAAUAUUACAGAAAAAUUAAAUGAACUUAAUUUGCAGCUUCAGGGGAGAGAAAAAGAACUAGCAGAAAUAAUUUUUGAUAUAGUAUCGUAUUUCAAAAAGCUUGAGUUUUGGGAACAAAACUUUGUCGAUGGCGAUACCAGGCAUUUUCCUGUUCUUUCAGAAAAGACAUCUCAAAGUCCAUUACAGAAAUUAUUAUGUAGAAAUAGUCUCUUACUUGAAGGAUAACUUCAAAAAUCGUUUCAAGGAUUUCAACGAAAUUGCUAUAGUGGCGCCAUUUGUUGUUUCACCCUUCACGGAAAUUGAUACCCAACAGCUUGCAACUUCUGUUACGCAGAAUUUUAGCGAAGACAUCGCUGCGACAGAAAUGGAAGUGAUUGCGCUUCAAAAUGAUUUAGCUUUAAAAUCUAGCGUCGAAUACAACAUGUAUCUGGCCCUUAGUAAGUAG